AUGGCUCUCAAACUUCCUACUCGGUUUCCUCGACCACGGCGCGUUCUCACAUCCCCAUCCCCAUCGACCCCGCCAGCUCACUCCCACUCUCACUCCCUAUCGCACGCCUCGUCUCGCUCUUUCUUCCCCUCCGCAGUUGACUCUUCAGCUUCAUCGUCAGAGGUCAGCGGCGAGGGCCAACACGGGAUCCUCGGUUUCCUCGACCUUGAGUACUGUACAGGCGGCGGAGGCAAGGUGCCACCCUUAGCCCUAGGGUAG